AAAGAGUGUGCAGACAACCACCAUGUGCAUCUCUGUCAGUCUGAAUGGGUCGGUGGUGUUGGGUUGCCUCUUUGCUCCCAAGGUCCACAUCAUCCUGUUCCAGUCGCAGAAGAAUGUCAGCACUCUGAGAGUGGCCACCACCCGCUUCAGCGUCACCACUGGCCAAGGCUCAAGUUUCUCUCAAGCAUCAGCCUCCAAUGUUGUUCCAACAGUGUGUAACGGACGAGAAGUGGUGGACUCCGCAACGUCCUCCUUGUGAAGAUCAGCUGAGUUCCUUUGCCAAGCAUUGUAAACUUAAUAUAAUCACUAGUCCUGAAUAAGGUGUCUCAGAUAUUAAAGAGGUCAUACAGACGAUUGUCCUGACCUUGUUGUCCUCAAAGUGCUGUGAGUACAAUGUCCCGAUUCUUUUAUUUUGUUCUUUGACUCGUAGCAAUUGAAAUGAGAUGCCAAUAAACGUUGCAUAUAGCCCUUGUUUUUAUUGAAGAUUCUACUUGCAACAAUGGAGUAAAUUAUAGUAAAUCUGUUAAAUGUAAUCAAAUCAAAUCAAAUUUAUUUGUAUAGCCCAAUAUCACAAAUUAUACAUUUGUCUCAGUGUGCUUUACAGACUGUACAGGUUACAACAUCCUCUGUCCUUAGACCCUCGCAU